AUGGAGGGCCAACAACAAGAUAGUCUGGGCAUGGGGUCCGUAAUGAGGGAAGUCCAGGAACUCGCAGAAAAGUUCAAGGACGAGGAGGAAGAGGCAUACGUUUCACCCUAUGCUCAUUUGGAAAAAGCCCAAGUGUUGCAAGAAGCUAGGAUUUUCCAUGAUCCUACGGCUGUGCGUGAGAAUCCACGCAAAUGCUGCACUGUGAUUGCCCAACUAUUGCACCUUCAAAACACUGGACAAUACAUGACUUCGACUGAAGCUACCGAAGUUUUCUUUGGUGUUACCAAACUCUUCAUGAGUGACGAUGCCUCCCUGAGACGUAUGGUUUACUUGUUCAUCAAGGAUGUAGCAGAAACCUGUGAUCCAGAUGAUGUCAUUAUUGUCACAUCUUGUUUGACCAAGGAUAUGACUUGCGAUGUCGAUCUCUACAGAGGGAAUGCAUUGCGUGUGUUGGUUCGAAUUGUAGAUGCUGCCAUGCUGGGAGCCAUUGAGCGAUACGUCAAGCAAGCUGUAGUAGAUUCCUCGGGGCAAGUCGCGAGUGCGGCCCUUGUUUCGGCAUCUCAUCUUUUUACGUCUUCUCCCGAGUGCGCAGCUGUCGUUCGACGAUGGAUCAGCGAAGUACAAGAGGCCACAUCCUCUCCCAACGAAAUGGUGCAAUUCCAUGCCAUGCAAUUGCUCUACCAAAUCAAGUCACACGAUCGUCUCGGUAUUUCCAAGUUGGUCUCUCAAUUCAGCACUCGCAAUACCCUUCGAUCUCCACUUGCAUUGGUCUUGCUGGUCCGUUAUACCGCCAAACUUCUCAAGGACGAGUAUGCCGAGGGGCGUAUCUCUGGUUCCAUCCAAGAUGGAUCUCAAGUUGCCAAACAGGGAUACCAAUUCCUGGAAGCCAGUCUUAGACACAAGUCCGAAUUGGUGGUCUACGAAGCCGCCCGGUCAAUCUGUUCUCUAGAGGGCCUGGAACCACAAGAUUUGUCUCCUGCAAUUUCUGUCUUGCAACUAUUCUUGAGCUCUCCCAAGCCUGCUACAAGAUAUGCUUCCAUGAAGACAUUGGCUGCCAUUGCCAACACCCACCCACGUGUAGUUGCCAAGUGCAACGAAGACUUGGAGGCACUCAUUGCCGACUCCAACCGUUCCAUUGCCACUUUGGCAAUUACCACCUUGCUCAAGACUGGAAGCGAAAACUCGAUCGAUCGUCUAUUGAAGCAAAUCUCUUCAUUCCUUACCGAAAUUGCCGAUGAAUUCAAGAUUACUGUCGUGCAUUCCCUCCAAAAAUUGUGCCUCACUUACCCCGCAAAGCACCGUAUCUUGGUUGGAUUCUUGUCCAACUUUUUGAGAGAAGAGGGUGGAUUUGAUUUCAAAAGGAGCAUUGUCAACUCGAUUGUUUCUUUGAUUCACGCUGUUCCCGAAACCACGGAAUCUUCCUUGUUGCACCUUUGCGAAUUCAUUGAGGAUUGUGAAUUCACUCAACUAUCCACACAGAUUUUGCAUUUGCUUGGAGAACUGGGACCCAAAACUACAGCUCCUGCUCGUUACAUUCGUUUCAUUUACAAUCGAGUCAUUUUGGAAAACUCUGCCGUCCGUGCCGCUGCUGUCACGGCUCUUUCCAAGUUUGCGGCACAGUGCCCAUCUUUGAGAACUUCUCUCAUGGUCUUGCUGAAGCGCAGUCUCAUAGAUGAAGAUGACGAAACCAGAGAUCGUGCUGCUCUUGCAGUUGCUAUUUUGGAAGAUGCCAUGGCCAAGAACCCAUACGUGCCACCACCGGAAGAUGCUGAAGCCGAGGACAUUGCGCCAGAUACUCCUGCUGUCAACGAUACGGCUGCUUACGUCUUGCUAGGGGCCAUGCCAUUGUCCUUUGAAAAGCUAGAGCGAAGCAUGACGGCAUACAUGAACACACCCGUGUCAAUGGAUUCUGCCGAUGAACUCAGCUUUGAGGUUUUGCCAAUUGUUGAGGACACUCCUGCUGAAGUGGCGGCUGCUACAUCAACGGCUACUGCCGAUCCAAUCAGUGGACUGAUGGAACCAACGAAACCCAAGGAAGUUGUGGACCCUGCCGCUGCUGUCUACGCCAUUCCCGAGUUGGCCUCUCUUGGAAGAGCCUUCCGAUCAGCGCGUCCUGUCCCGCUCACCGAAGCCGAGACCGAAUACGUUGUUUCGUGCACUAAACACAUUUUCCAAGAUCACGUGGUAUUGCAGUUUACGGUGCAGAAUACAGUAGACGAUCAAAGGCUGGAGAAUGUUACAGUCCUCAUUGACGACAGCAUGUCGGAUGUCUUUACCGCCUCGGGAGAGAUUCCAUGCAGCUCAAUCAAGUACGGAGAAAGCCAUAACUGCUUUACUAUCUUGGAGAAAAACCCCGACGCCGAUCUUGUUCCAAGUCAAUUUACAUGCGAACUCCGAUUUUCGGUGGUUCAAGUCGACCCAACCACUGGUGAAGACGAAGGAGAACCAUACGAAGACGAAUACCCAAUGGAAGACUUGGAAAUCACCACUUCGGACUUUAUGGCCAAGGUGACUGUUCCAGAUUUCAAAUCAACCUGGGAGACUCUUGGCAACACAAACGAAGUCUUGGAGAAGUUCGCCUUGCAAUUCAAGAAUAAGGGAGAUGCUGUUGCAGCUGUGAUUGACUUUUUGGGCAUGCAACCCUGUGAUGGAACUGGAUCUGUCAAGCCCAAUACUGGUGGCAAGCCACACAUGUUGCACAUGAGUGGUGUCUUUGUGUCGGGACAACAAGUCUUGGCUCGCUCCCAAAUUGCCAUGCAAGGAGAGACUGGAAAUGUCGUUCUUAAGAUUGCCGUCCGAAGUGACGACGCCAGUGUGUCACGGAUGGUGGCCGACUGCAUUAGAUAA